GUGCCGGGCCGGCGAGCGAGCCUCGGGGACGGCUGCCGGCGCGCGCACUUCCGCGUCCCGCCGCCCUUCGGCCCGCGCGCGCCGAGCCUCCGCUGCCAUCGGACAAAGGGCCGCCGGCCCCGCUGCCGUGAACUUCCUGCCGUGGACCGGCCGCCCUUGCGCCCCGGACCGCGUUCCCGCCCUGCGCCGGCCAGAAUCACAGCUUGUGGGGCGGGUGGCGCUGGAGGAAGCUGCGGGGGUAGGAACGAGCACCCGGGACGUGCCUAAGGCUCCGGGCGCCGCGCCUUUGCUUCGGCCACGUCCGGCCGGCGGCCUCUACACUUUCCUGGCCCGGCUAGCUUCAUCCUGGCCCCAGUCCAGUGGCUACUGCUUUGUGGAUUUCCGAGUUUGCUUAAAGAGGAUGUGAUUUUUCUUUUCUUUCUUGCCUUUUAUGAUUUGAAAAAGAGAAAAGAACUCCGCAGAGAAGGCCGGGGACAACCAAACGCCACCAGCUGCCCCUACCAGGACACCCCCAAGGGAAAGAGAGUUGGAAGCAAACUUGGCCCACCUAGCCUUGAGGCCUCAACAUUGGCUGGACUCCAGAUCCUGGGGUCAUGACCCCCGCACUGGGCAGGUGGAAGGCCUUACCUGUACUGGGCUGGACUUGAGUCUGCCUCCAUCUUUGGCCAAUAUCUCUCCCCUAGGCACCCCCACAUUUUCACCCAGCACCCGGGCUAGGCCCAGACACCUGUCAGCAACAUGGAUAAAUAUGAUGACCUGGGCCUGGAGGCCAGUAAAUUCAUCGAGGACCUGAACAUGUAUGAGGCCUCCAAGGAUGGGCUCUUUCGAGUGGACAAGGGCACAGGCAACAACCCUGAGUUUGAGGAAACACGCAGGGUGUUCGCCACCAAGAUGGCCCAAAUCCACCUCCAGCAGCAGCAACAGCUCCUGCAGGAGGAGACCCUGCCCAGAGGGAGUAGAGGCCCUGUCAAUUGUGGGGGUCGCCUGGGCCCACAGGCCCCCCAGGCCUCCCGGGAAGCUGGUAUGGGCAGCAAGCUGGCCGUGGAUGGUGCUGCCAAACCUCCUCUUGCUGCCUUAACAGGGGCACCUGGGGCAGCCACCACCAUCAGCUCUGGGCAGCCCUCAUACUCAGCCCAGGAGCAUAGGGCCAGGCCAUAUGUCUGUGGCACAAGACAUGGCAACCAGGACUGUGGUUCCAGGGAGAGCCAGACGAGUUCUGAGAUAUCUGCUUUCCACCAGCCAGGUCCCUGUGAGGAUCCUUCCUGCCUUACUCAUGGAGAUUAUUACGACAACCUUUCUUUGCCAAGCCCAAAGUGGGGUGGCACAUCAGGAGUAUCCCCCAGCAUCAGCCUGGGUGUAGGGAGUGGGUGGCCUGGACCCCUGGGGAGUGAUCUGCGAAUGCCGAAACCCUGCAGGGACCAUCAUCUGUACCAGCCACAGCUCUCUUUGAGCUCCAGCGGGUCUUUUGAGGGUGGCCUCAGUGGUCAGGAUAGCAGCAUUGGUGGCCGCAGCAGUGAGAAGCCAGCAGGCCUUUGGUCCACUGCCUCUUCUCAGCGGGUGAACCCUGGCCUUCCUUCUUCAAGACUGGAGAAUGGGGCCUCAGCCCUGGGGCCUGGUCAGCCCAGGACCCCUCCUAUCUCAGCACCCCUGGUCCUGACCUGCCCCAAUCAAGGAGCUCUUCCAAGAACAAACUCGGAGCUAGGGAGUGAGGUUUCAGGUGGGAUGUCCAAACCUACUGUGGACCCUCAUCCCUGGUUCCAGGAUGGGCCCAAGUCUUACCUUUCCAGUUCUGCUCCAUCAUCCUUGCCAGCUGGCAUGGACAGUUCACAGCUGGGUACAGUCCCUGGACUGGUCUCUAAGACUGUCUCUACAGACCUUGGCACGGGUCCUAAUCUCAGCCCCACCAGCCUUAUCCAUCCAGUGAUGUCCACCCCGCCUGAGUUACCUUGUAAAGAGGAUCCUUCAGGCUGGUCCUCUGAUUGUAGCCUGGGACCUGUGCUCCUGGAGAGCCCCAGCUCUCCCAGGGUGAGGCUGCCCUGCCAGACCCUUGUUCCAGGUCCUGAGCUCAGACCUUCAGCUGCCGAAUUGAAACUAGAAGCCCUCACUCAACGUCUGGAGCGAGAAAUGGAUGCUCACCCAAAGGCCGAUUACUUUGGAGCCUGUGUGAAAUGCAGCAAAGGGGUGUAUGGGGCCAGCCAGGCCUGCCAGGCCAUGGGGAACCUCUACCACGAUACGUGUUUCACCUGUGCAGCCUGCAGCCGGAAGCUGAGAGGAAAAGCCUUUUAUUUUGUCAAUGGCAAAGUGUUUUGUGAGGAAGACUUCCUGUACUCUGGUUUCCAGCAGUCUGCUGACAGGUGUUUUCUUUGUGGACAUCUGAUUAUGGACAUGAUCCUACAGGCCUUGGGGAAGUCCUACCACCCUGGCUGUUUCCGCUGUGUCAUCUGUAACGAGUGUUUGGAUGGGGUGCCCUUCACCGUGGACUCAGAGAACAAGAUCUACUGUGUCCGAGACUACCACAAGGUGUUGGCCCCCAAGUGUGCAGCCUGUGGGCUUCCCAUCCUUCCACCAGAGGGCUCAGAUGAGACCAUCCGUGUCGUGUCCAUGGACAGAGAUUACCACGUGGAGUGUUACCACUGUGAGGACUGUGGCCUAGAGCUCAACGAUGAGGAUGGUCACCGCUGCUACCCACUGGAGGACCACCUGUUCUGUCACUCCUGCCACAUCAAGAGACUGGAGAAAGGUCCCUCAUCUGCAGCCCUUCACCAGCACCACUUCUAGCCAGAGCCACUUGCAGAACUCAUGGCCGGGGGACGAAGAGUCAGGACUGCACCUAUUACUUCCAGUGGCUCCUGGUGGAAGAACUGGGGUAGAGGAAGAGGAGGGGUUGGUGGGUGAGGUCCUAGGUGUAUAUGUGGGGUGCCUUUGCUUUAACCAGGGAGGUAGACAUUACCUGCCUGGUGUGUAUAUUUUCGAAGUGCUUUUAUCCAUUAUCACACCUUCCUCAGUUACUUGGAAAGAUGCUCCAGCAUGUGACAAAGGUCACAUCAGUGCAACUGAAGAAACUCUCCUGUCCCCUCUAGGAACAUUCAUGUUUCAGAGGGAGAGAUUUGCAUUGAGCUUGUUUUACAAUAUUCCCUUUUAGACAGCUCAGCUGCUGAUACAUGUAACCUUUUCCUCUCCUUCAGGAAAAUACCUGUAACCCAAACACCCCCUCCUUAUCAUAUAUAUACACACAUGAUAAGCCUUCUUUCCACCCAAGAGCUUCAGUUCUUCUGUAGAAUGGCUGCAAAUUUAUUGCAUUAUGGCAAGAAAGAAGCUCUAACAUGUGCUUUGUAUCCUAAGAAGAAUUUGAUUAGAAAGCCAGAACCAAGAUUCAAAAGAAGUGAGGCAGCGUUUAUACACUGACACCAUUCUGCGUGCCCCUGCAAGUCCUCACUGCCCUACAGGCAGCGGGGCCUGACAGAGAUUUGCCCUGUUUGAGUGAAGCAUGCUUUGGAAAAGGAGCUUGGUGCAGGCACCAGGACUCUUGCCUACCUAUCUGCGCCCUGUUUCUCUGGAGCUCUUAAGAGUCUGUGACUUUGGAGCUGCACAAGACAAGUCUCAGGAACCCACGUAGGGACAUCUCUUGUGCCUGUUUUAGAUUAUUUAAUGAUGGGCUUAUUAGGAGUCCUGCCCGCAUACUAAGAGAUAGCUCCUUAUAAACUAGGAGAGUUUGUGUGUGUGAGAUCUUUAAGCCAGCAUGGGAGGGAGUGCCUCAGGAUAAGUUAUUAUAUUCAUUGCAUAGGUUUCUCUCUUGCCCAAUUCUUGGCACAAACAUUAUGUUUGAAGAAACCAGCAUAAGGUACACUGCUUUUGUCUGUUUUGGGUUUUUUUUUUUCUUUUAUAUUUGUUUCCUUCCACUUUCAGUCUUCCACACACCCAGAAUACCUCUCAGGUAGAGCUUCACCAAAUCACAGAUUAAGGAGGAAUUCAGCUAUCACACUGGACUCAGAUACCUUCAUUGGUGUGUUACAGAUUGCUGGCUUCACACAGGCCAGACUGCAGCUGGUCAGAGCAGUGUGACCUUAACUGUUGCCUUAUUCAUUUCAGCAUGCCCCUCCCUGGGAGGGAAGGGCUAAGGGAGGCCCCACACUGGCCAGAUUACAAGACCACCUCUGCACCGAAAGCCAAAAUUUGCCCUGUCACACUCCUGAGGCUGAAGGUCAAUACCCUUAGUAUUUCAAUUAAAAGAAUCUGCACAAAGAAAGACUGGCUGCCAUUUGCCCUCUCAGCCUUGUGGUGAGGGCCUUAUGGCCUUGUCACAAGAUGGCGAGGCCAUCCCAACACUGCCAGCCAGGGGGACAUGGCAGCCACAUGUGCACUCUGCCUCCUCACCUUCCACUCUUAAGAGUGAAGAACUGGGCCCAGGGGCUACAAAGGGCAGUCAGCACAGCCCUUGUCCCUAGACCAGGGUCCCCCCUAAGCCACAUUUUGACAUAUUUGGUAGUCAUCGCCUGUAAGAAACACAGAAUUGGGCUAUGGAUCGUCUUUUACAUUUCUAUGAAAUUUAUUUUAUUGGAAUCCUUUGGCUAGAUGUCACUUCAGCUAGGCUGUGUGCCUUCAUUGGUUCCCAUGAACACUGGGGCUGGGGGAGUGAAGCCUGAGGUUGGGCUCCUCUCCUCUAGUCCAGUCAUCUAGCUUAGCUUUGGCAAGGCUUGAGGGUAAACACAGCCAGCCACCAUGUCUCCACCUGUCUGCCAACCAAGUAACAUUGGCCUUGCCCACGCACCUUUGCUUCACUUUUAAGUCAAGCAGAGGGAAGCACAUGGCAUUGGAACCAGUAGCAGAAAUAGCAGGGAUUUGUUUGCAAAUUGGAUAAUUAGUUUAAAAAAAAUCUGUGAUUCUUUUAAAUGAGAUGUUUUAAAAUGGCCUUGAUGUGAUUCAGAUUUGUUUGCAAAUAUGGCAUUUUGCUGAAAAACGAUGAGGGGAUUUUCAGACAUCCUCCAAAUCCUAUCCCAGACCUCUCAGGUGGUCCGUUUCCUUGGAGAGGGCACCAGGUAGGAAUCGCGAAUCAAUUUACCUUCCAUCUCAGGCCCUUUCACAAAAGCCAUGUUCACCUACCUGGUAUUUUAAAUGUUCUGUAAAUUAUUAGCCCAAUAGAACUAUAAUGGUGUUGUAUUUUUGGACACUUAGAAAACAUAAGGACUUGGUAGACUAGGAUGAAUAUGUGUAUUUUAAAAGUUAGAGCAAAUAGCUCUCCCUGAGUUUUCUGGACAAUUUUUGGACGUUAGCGAAAACACAGAGGAUUAUAGGCUGAUUCCAGACCCCGAAGCCAGCUUCCAUCUAUCUCCCUUGCUUCAUUUAGGUGUUUUUUGUUUGUUAUCUCCUAUAUUCUUGUUUGCUUUUUUCCCCUUCCUGUAGCGUGGGACAUUCAAAAACUGCCUGGGUGGUCUGAGAAAAGCCAAUAACCAGUAUGGUCUGUUGUCCAUAAGGAUUCUUUCUCUCACUCACAGAUCUUACUCUCCCAUUUGCCACGGUAAAGAGUGAUUUAUCCAUCUCUCACCACAGGAGGGUAACCACACUGUUGCCUACAGAGGGCAGCAGAAGGAGAAUUCCCAUAUGGUUGGUGAAAAUCUCUUUCAGCCAAGCCCUCUGAGCUUCUGGUCUAGAGUCCCAUUGACCAAUGGAAUAAUCAAGGAGUUCUGAUCACCUUUGAACACCAUCAUUGCCUUGUUUCCAUGGGCUUGAGUCACACUUAUAAAAUGAAAAACAAGAAAUGUUAGGACUUGGGAGAAUUAUUUGGAAUUCACACUUUUUUGCAGUCCUUGAGGGCUGUCUUGGUGUGCUGAUUCUCACACAUGUGACAGUGAGGGCCAUGAUGGCUGCUAGCACCUUUGCAGAGGAAGUGUGAGAGACUUGACCAUGAACUAUUGUUGCUUGAUGCACUUGUUAAAACUUCUUCUGCCAGGAAACCUGAUUUGUUCUAUACUCUUUUUUGGUGUCAAGAAUCAGUUCUAAUUUCCCAGUUACUAUUUGAAGUAAUUUUUUAAAGUAGCAGAAAAAAAAUGAGUAAAAAUUAGCUAUCUCAUUCUGAGCCCAAACUGGACAGAUGUGGGGAAUCUCCAGAUAGUGUAUGAAAAUUUCACUGCACAGGGAAAUUGUUUUUCUCUGUUAUCUCUUUUACCAUAGAAUUACUCAAAAUUUUACUGUUACUGUAAAAUUAUUCAAAGUAUUGUAACAAUAAAACUACAUCAAUUUGUAGACUAUUAAAGGGCUCUCCAACAUAA